AUGAACCAAUUUCGAGUAACUAGUGGUCAAAAAGAAAUGAUUAGUGCUGCUGAGGAUUAUGCUGACACUGUUCUUCGACACACAAAAAAGAUUUUGCCUCAUCUUGCACGCCUUUUUCUUGUUUCUACUUUUAUUGAGGAUGGAUGUCGAAUGUGGAUUCAAUGGGAUGAUCAACGGGAUUAUAUGCAGGAGUCCUGGUCUCUUGGAUGGUUUUUGGCUGUGGUUUUUGUCGUUUUCAACUUUUUUGGUCAACUCGUUCCUGUUGUGAUGAUAAUGAUCCGAAAACAUGUUGGUAUUGCCUGUUCUGUGCUGGCUGCUGUUGUUGUGAUUCAAACUAUUGCCUAUCACAUUAUUUGGGAUUUGAAGUUUCUUGCAAGAAAUAUUGCCGUAUUUGGCGGUCUUGUUUUACUUUAUGCCGAAACUUUGGAGGAACGAAAAUCUUUAUUUGCUGGAGUUCCCCAAAUGAAUGAUGACAACAAACCAAAAUCUUAUAUGAUUUUAACUGGACGUAUAUUGCUUGUAUUUAUGUUUUUGUCAUUGAUACACUUUGAUUUGUCCUUCUUUAAAAUUGUUGAAUUGUCAGUUGGUGUUAUUUUGAUGAUUUUGGUUACUAUUGGAUAUAAAACUAAGGUUUUUUUUUAA